AUGUCCACUCACUCCAUCGAGAAGGAGGCACACGAGCAUCACAACGCGCGCGACCUCGAAGCCGACCCCGCCCAUCUUGGAGACGUCGAGUUUGGUGGCCAUGAAGCUCGCCAGAAACUGGAGAAGAAAUUGCUUCGUAAACUGGACGCACGCAUGAGCAUUCUCAUCGUAAUCUACAUCCUCAACUACGUCGACCGCAACAACGCCAGUGCCGCUAGGUUACGCGGUUUCGAGACCGACCUCAACCUUAAAGGCGAGGAGUUCAACACUCUGCUCAGUAUCCUCUACGUCGGGUAUAUUCUCAUGCAAAUACCCUCCAACAUGUUCCUGAACUACAUCGGGAAGCCGUCCAUAUACCUCCCAUGCUGCGUGCUGGUCUGGGGCCUUAUUUCCACCCUCACCGGUAUCACCACGAACUUCGUCGGCGCCCUUCUCACCCGGUUUUUCCUCGGUUUUGUCGAGGCGGCCUUCUUCCCCGGCGCGCUUUUCCUGCUUUCCAAGUGGUACAAGCGGUCAGAACUCGGUCUUCGCACCGCUGUUCUGUUCUGCGGUAGUCUCAUAAGUAACGCUUUCGGUUCUCUGAUCGCCUCUGGGAUCCUCAACGGCAUGGAAGGGAAGCUUGGCCACGCCGCCUGGAGAUGGUUGUUCUUCAUUGAGGGUGGGCUCACCAUGCUUGCGGCUGUGGCUGGUCUCUUCAUCCUGCCCGACUUCCCGGCCACUUCACAUUCAUGGCUGAGCCCUGAGGAGAUCCGUCUUGCGGAGAAGCGACUCGAGGAGGACGUUGGUAUCGCCGACAAUGAAGAGGGCGAGACCGGUGGACACCUGCAUGGCCUUUACCUGGCUGUGACGGAUUGGAAGGUGUGGUGGCUCGCAGUCGCACUCACAUCCCUCGUUGUCUCGCUCUCCUUCAACGCCUUUUUCCCAACACUGAGCGCCACGAUGGGGUACAAUGCCACUGUCACGCUCCUCCUUUGCGCACCUCCUUGGGCGUUCGCGACUAUGGUCUGCUUCGCCAUGACGAGGCACUCUGACUACGCUGGCGAGCGCUUCUGGCACAUCACCGCGCCUCUCGUCGUCGGCAUCGUCGGCUUCGUCAUUGCAAUUUCAACUAUGAACCUCGCGGCGCGCUAUAUCUCCCUGUUCUUGAUGGCCCAGUCUUACGCAGGGUUCAUCAUCUUCCUCGCGUGGGUCAGCAACACGAUCGUUCGCCCGCCCUCGAAGCGUGCUGUUGCGCUCGCGUUGAUCAACGCGUUCUCGCAGCUCGGUAACGUCGCCGGAUCCUAUGUCUGGCCAAAGACGUGGGGCCCUUCAUACGCGCAUUCGUAUGCGAUCUGCAUCUCAACGAACGGCCUAUUCAUCAUCAUGUGUUUCAUCUUCAAGCUCCACCUCCAGAACCUCAACCGCGAGCUCGAGAAGCGCGAGCAGGAUGAGCAGCGCCCGCGCGGGUUCCGCUACCUUAUCUAG